CUCCGCGUCCGCGCGCGAUCGCUGCCCGCGCGGGGUGGCACGAGGCCGCCCCGCUUGGCGGCAUGAAGGCAAGCAACAACGAAGACGGCCGACGCGCCAAUAAGAUUGCCGCAAAGACCCAGUGGCAGGCGAAGUCGGAGGUCUCGACAAAGAAGGUCCGCUUCUGCAUGUACCACCUGCAGGGCGUGUGCAAGUACACCGACGAGACGUGCGCCUUCGCGCACUCGACGGAGGAGAUCACAGCCAGCCGCAGGGGCAAGAGGGCUGGGCAAGCUGGGCCUGCGCAGCCGCCGCCUGCGCGCGGCCACGCCGCGCCCGGGCACCUGGGCGCGCCUCCGCCGCCGGAGUCGCUCGGCAAGCGUCGUGGAGUCGGCGCGCAGCAGCCAGCGAUGAGCGAUCCGAUGAAGGUCGGUGCGCGAGGACGUAGACAAGAUCUGGCAUGGCUACCGGCCAGCGAGUGGCCGACACCGUACAUCGAGCAGGUGCAGUUCCCUGAUGCCAGGGGCCAGAUUGCGAUGGACAUGCUCCAGGCCGGCCGCUACGCCAGCGGAGAGGGGCCGAGGGUUUUGAUCGCGGUGCUCAGGAAAGGGGCGGGGCACUGCAAGGUUACUUCGCCCGGGGGAGCCCUGCAGAAGGCGUGGGCGGCGCUGUGCUGGAGCAGGGCUCGAGGCCUCUCGCCGGCGCUGCGCUGA